AUGCAUCCUACAUCAAAGUUGCUCAUAGUGAUCGUUUGCAUUGAAGAGAGCAGUGGACUCAACUUCCACUUGAGGGUAGCUAAACCACUUAUCACCGAGCUUGUUGCUCUUACAGAGAAGAAGAUGGACAUGACACUAGAUGACAUAAUCAAAAUGUCUAAAAACCCUAAAUUUACAACAAAGCAAACUAGGGUUUCGAACAAGAGCAAAAAAUUUACAACAGUUUUGCACAAGAUAGAUCUUUUAAGGCGCGCCGGUACAUGGAGUCGAGAUCUUCUCUUAGACAAGGAGUUCUUGCAAAAAGAAGGUGCUAACCUAAAUAAUAUGGGUAAUUGGAAUAAACCAAGGUAA